AAAAACAUGAAGAGUUGAAAGAAAGGUUGGUUUAGGAACAGCUCCACCUACAAAAUGAAAACAUGUUGUAAAGUGUGUUCGCUGUUACUGUUCAUUUCCAACAUAACGGCCACUAUCAUCGACGUAGCAGCCCCCAGGACGAACUACUGGCUACUAUGAACUAUAAUUCUCCAAUGCCGAUGAUGUUUGAAUGUUACAGUUGCAGAAAAGAACUGAAAAGCAGAGUAUGCUGAAAUUUGAUUGCAACGAGCUCAUAUUUUGACACGGAAUUUCGAAAAAGUGCCAUCAUCAGUUCAAUUGAACAGCUUAAAUGGAAAUAUAACAUGCUCUAUCUGUGGAGGUUACUUUAUCGAAGCUACAACCAUAAUGGAAUGCCUCCAUUCAUUUUGCAAGAGGUGUAUUGUAAAAUUCUUGGAAACAUCAUGUAACUGUCCUGUUUGUCAUACUGAAAUUCAUAAGACUAGACCUCUUUUACAUGUCAGACCUGACCCAGUACUUCAAGAUAUUGUCUACAAAUUGGUCCCAUCUUUAUAUGAUGAUUAUCACAAAGCAAAACAAGAACUGAAAAAGCAUCUUUUGGCAAACGAGAAUUCAGAAGAAGAAAAGGUUGCCGAGUUGAAAGAUGGUGUAAAUGGUGUUGUUCCCCAUAUACCAGAUCCUAUUUAUGUCACAUUGGAACAUCGCCAGAGAAAUAGAAACAAAAAUGAACAAGUUAAGAUUUUUCCAAUUCGAUACCUUCGCUGUCCAUCAGCAAUGCCAGUAAAGAUAUUGAAAAAGUUUUUGCGGACAAAAUUCUUUGUAAAAGACACACAAGAGGUGGAAGUUUCACGUAGUGAUGAAGUUCUUUUUGACCACUUGACACUGAAGGAAGUUGCAAGAAUUUAUGGAAGAUAUGGAAAGCUUGCACCCUUGGAUUUGAAUUUUGAUGUGCUGCCCAAGGCUUGUGUCCAGGAUUUAACACAGAAUUCAUUGACGACGGCUGUUGGUGUUGUGCCUAAUGUGCUAUCUUCCAGUCAUUUUUCCACUGAUGAAAUAUUGAAAAGCAAUCAAACAAACAUAUUGAAAAGCAAUGAUAUACAUGAAAGCUCAAUGACUGUAGAUACACAUCAAACAAUGAUGGAGUGAAGUUAAUUUCCGUAAAUUGACAUUAGCAAAUGCUGUAAAAAUUUAUUCUAUUUUAUAUUGCACAAUAAUGAUAUAUAGGUUGACAUUUAAAAUUAAGAAAGCACGGAAGAAAAAACACAAUUGUGAUAGGUACAACAACUUAUUUUCUCACAAACAACUAACAGACCAAAGGUGAAAGAAAAGCACAAAUGCUUCCGAUCAACAAAAUUACUUUGUUUAUUUAAUUUUUAUGUGUCUUUUAACUGUGAAGGAUUACUUAAAAUAUGUACGUAUCAAUUGAAAAAGUAAACUUCCAACUUUCAAAUUUUUGCUGAAAA